UGCUUCCGAAAAACUAAGGCAAAAGAAAUUAAAUUAAAUCAAAUCAAAUGAGACGAGAUGAAAUACAAUGGCAGCUUCUUCCAGGAAAGAAAGAGUACUUCGGUGCUUGAAAAGUCUUUGAUUCACGCCAUCAUUUGAUGCUACUGUCCAGGACGGAAGAACUUUUGUUUCCUCUCCGCUCUGUACACUUUGUUUCGAUCCAGAAACUUUCUUGUUUAAUCCUCUGCCGCUCACGAACCAAGCCAUGCCCAUCACAGAGCUCUUUCUUGGCGCCUUUCUUCAGGUGCUGUUUGAGAGGUUGGCCUCUCGCGAGCUUCUCAACUUUGCGCGGCGCGGGGGUAUCAAUAAGUUGCUGAAGAAAUGGGAGAAGAUGCUGAUUAGUAUCAACUGGGUGCUGGAUGAUGCAGAGGACAGGCAACUGAACGGCGAUCUCGAGGUGAAAUCAUGGCUCGAAGAUCUCAGGAACUUAGCCUACGACAUUGAUGACUUGCUUGAUGAGUUUACCACAGAAUCUACGGAAAACAAGUCCAAGGCAGAACCUCGCACUAGCAAGGCGCGUUCCUUUCUUCCAAGUUGUUGCUUCAGAUUGAGCCUGGGAGAAUUGAUGUUCAACCACAAAAUGAGAUCCGAGAUAGAGAAGAUGGAUGGCAAAUUACAGGAGCUCAUAGCUCGUAUAAAUGCUCUGCGCUUGAGAGAGAUUAAUGGGAAUCGAUCGGCAUACGGCCGACAGAUUGGGCGAAUUCCCACUACGCCUUUGCCUGAGCGUUGUUUUGUUGCUAGGGAGGUUGAAAAAACGGAGAUCCUCAGAUUACUGACUGAAGAAGAUGAUGGAACAUGUGCAAAUCCAAAAGUGAUUUCCAUAGUGGGGAUGGGGGGUGUUGGGAAGACGGUUCUGGUUCAGCAAGUCUACAAUGAUGCUAGAGUCACCAGCUCUUUUGAGGUGAAAGCAUGGGCUUGCGUUUCUGAUGACUUCGACGUGCAUGCUAUUACAAAGAGCAUCCUGGAGACAAUCAAUGGAGAUUUGGAUUGUGAAGCUAAAAGUCUUAAUUGGCUUCAAGAUAAGCUCAAGGAAAGCCUUUCGGGGAAGAAGUUUUUUGUCGUUUUAGACGAUGUUUGGAACGAGAGCUAUGAUAACUGGAUAACCCUCUUGAAGCCUUUUCAAUUGGGAGCAGAGGGAAGCACGAUCAUCAUCACGACUCGUAGCCACCUCGUUGCUUCAGUUGUCGGGGCUCGACCCUAUACUCUCAUAGGGUUGUCACAAGAUGCUUGUAUAACUUUAUUCGCAUUUCAUGCUCUUGGAGUCGAAAACUUCGAUCAUCAUCCUGAUCUUAAAGUAUUAGGUUUGAAAAUAGUGGAAAAAUGCCAAGGGUUGCCAUUAGCUGUGAAAACUUUGGCUGGGCUGCUACGUUCUAAGGUCAGUCUUCAUGAAUGGGAAGCUCUAUUGAACAGCAAGAUUUGGGAUCUACCAGAAAAUGAGAUCCUUCCGGCUUUGAAACUUAGCUACCUCCAUCUCCCUUCCCAUUUGAGGAGAUGUUUCGCUUACUGUGCUAUAUUUCUCAAGGACUAUGAAAUCGAACGAGAUGAGUUGAUUCACUGGUGGAUUGCAGAGGGCUUGUUAGAGCUAAAAGAAGGAAAGAACCGUUGGAAUAUAGGUUUGAAUUAUUUCAACGAGCUAGCAUCUAGAUCGUUAUUUCAAAAGUCGAAUAGCAGUGGAUCAAGAUUCUUGAUGCAUGAUCUUGUGAAUGAUCUGGCAAAGCUAGUUGCGGGUGCAACCUAUUUUAGCUCAGGGGAGUUUGAGUUUGGGAGUGAUCAAAAUGGCACAUCUUUAGCUCGUCACGCCUCAUUCAUUUCCGGUCGUCACAUUGUGCCAAAAACAUUCACGAUAUAUCAUGGAAUGAGGGAACUUAGGAGCUUCAUAUCAUUAGGGAAGCAACCUAGACAUUAUAAUAGGUCUUUUGUGUCCCAGAAAGUGCUAUGUGACUUGUUGUCAAGAUUGGAGUACUUGAGGGUUCUUUCAUUAAGUCACUAUUACAUUAGUGAGGUACCAGAUUGCAUUGGCAAACUAAGGCACAUACGGUACCUUAAUCUGUCGUAUACUGAUAUUGAAACGCUUCCAAAGUCGAUUGUUGAAUUGUACAACCUAGAGGCUUUGAUGUUGCAGGGCUGUCAAGACCUUAUCGAAUUACCAGAAGGUAUGGAGAAAUUGGUCAAUUUAAGAUUUCUAGACAUUACGGACACACUGAACCUAAGAGCAAUGCCAUUGUAUAUAGGUAAUUUGGUGGGUCUUGAGAUGUUGUCCAAGUUUGUAGUGGGAACAAAAAAUGGGUCGAGGUUGAAAGAGUUAAAAAACUUGGAAAACCUUCAAGGGGAAUUGUGCAUCUCUGAUUUGCAUAUGGUUCGAGAAGCCAGUGAUGCCAAGGAUGCCAGCUUACGCACAAAGCAGGGAAUAAGGCAAUUGACCAUGCAAUGGAGUGAAGAUUUUGAAACUUUCCAGGAUGAAGAGCUAGAAGCAGAGGUCCUUAACUUUCUUUGCCCUCCUAAAAACCUCGAAACUCUUACGUUAUCCUACUAUGGUGGCCUAAAAUUCCCGUCAUGGUUAGGAAGGCCCUCACAUAUUAACAUAGUGCAUUUAUAUUUACAAGGGUGUCAUAGGGCUAAAGCAUUACCAUCACUCGGGCAGCUAUUUUCACUGAAAGAAUUGUACAUCGAAGGUUUAAAUGCAAUAUGCACAGUAGGUCCUGAAUUUUAUGGAACUAAAAGUCAUUUUCCAUCCUUAAGAACUCUGGAAUUCAGGGACAUGCCAUUAUGGGAGGACUGGUCUCAUGGCUUUGGCAUUGAAGUAGGAGUUUUAUUCCCCCGUCUUGAGCGUCUCGUCAUUCGGAAUUGUCCUAUGUUGAUGGGAAGAUUGCCAAGCCAACUAAGCUCCCUCAUCAAGCUUGUAAUCAAGUCCUGUCCGCGUAUGGAUGACUCGCCCUCUAUCAUUAGCCUUCCAUUUCUCAAUGAAUUAAACUUUGGAGGUUGUAACGAGGGGGUGCUAAAUAGUUUGGUAAAUAUGACAUUUUUAACCGCUCUUGUCAUAGUUGAUGUUGCUGAACUUACGUGCUUGAAUCUUGGGAUUACAAGCUCCUUAAUCAAGUUGGAGAAGUUGGAGAUAAAAAGUUGUGAAAAGUUAAUGUACUUGUGGCAAGACAAAGAUGUAAUUCAAAAUCUUGCUUGUCUGAAGAGCUUACUUGUCAAAAGUUGUCCUGAAUUCAUAUCUUUUAUGGCUAGAGAAGAAAAUGUAGAGCUGCCUGACAACCUCGAGACUAUCCACUUGGAGGAUUGCUUCAAUUUAGAGAAGCUCCCAAGCAAGAUACACACCCUCUCCUCUCUUAGACGCUUGACUGUCCGCAACUGUCCAAAACUUGUGUCCUUUCCCGAAACUGGUAUUCCGGCAUCAGUGAUAUCAUUAAAAAUCAUACGCUGCGAGAUGUUGCAAUCAUUGCCUAGAGGAUUAAGUAUUCAUUUGGAUGAACCAAGCAAUAGCAACAAUAACCUUGGUGACAUGAUAUCUUGUUUGCAAGAAUUAACAAUCUCCGGAUGCAAAUACCUGCCAACCUCUCCAAUCAGCGAGGGUAGAUUUUUAUAUUCGACCCUCAAGAAACUUGAAAUGCUGAACUGUAGUGGAGUGGAGUCGCUUGUGGAUCUAGACCGUCUUCAAUCGCUUCAAGUGAUAAAUAUUUGGUGUUGCGAGGAUGUGAGAAGCUUACCGGAGUGCCUGCACACACUAUCCCAUCUCACUUCCUUGACCUUGGGCAACUGUCCUGCUUUGGAGUUGGAAUGCUUCCCUCCUCUUCCUCCUGGCAUCUCGUACUUUUGUCUUUAUGGGUGUCCGAAAAUAAAAUCCUUACCUAAUCAGUUGCAUCAACUUAUACGUCUUCGUGAGAUGGCAAUUCAAGAUUGUGAGAGUAUUAAGCACUUCCCGAAAGGAGGAUUGCCGCCCUGGCUAAAGGGACUUACGGUAAUGCGAUGCAGGAAUAUGAAGCAGCCAGUGAGAGAGUGGCUUACCCUCCUCACAUCCCUUCAAUAUCUGUCAAUCGAUGGCAGCGUUGGAGAAGUGGGAGAGAAGGAGGAUCUUCUGCUUUCGUUCCCUUCCUCUCUGCUCGAACUUGGUAUCCAUGAUAUGCGGAACCUGAAAAGACUGUCCAGCAAUCUCCCUCCCUCUCUCCAGCGCUUGUGGAUCAUUCAAUGCCCGAAGCUGAGGUACUUGCCCCAGGAGGGACUCCCUCCCUCCCUGCAACAACUCUGGAUCAAAGGAUGUGGGAUUCUCAAUGAGCGAUGCUCAAAACUGACCGGCAGCUAUUGGCACCUCAUCCACGAAAUCCCGGAAGUCAUCUUUUUUGAGUGUUGAAAAUCUCUGCCAAGUUUGAGCCAUAAAGGAAAGCCGAUGGGUAGUCUUCCUAUUUUGAACCCAAAUGUUAUACACAUAAGACAUAGGUUUUUUUGUUUUUCAGCAUAUCAGUGAGCAGAUGAGCUUUUGGCCGUAACAAUUGCGGCGUGGUUCUGAAUUACGUCAUGAAGAUAUUGCAAGUGUUUUGAAACCAAUAAAUCUUGUGGAUGGUUUGGACUUUGAGUACACUUCUUCAAGAUUCAUUGGUUCUGACUCCCCCGGGGGAGGUUUUGUAGAUAUUCUCUAUAUACUUUGAUCUCAUGAAGAUUUCUAUGCCUCGAUAUAUUUCGUUAAAACCAGCGUUCACUAGAAGUGGGAGAAACUCAGUAUUAACUUUCGGUCUGCAUUUACAGAUACAACCUACUUAUUCCCACACGUGAUCUUCAUUUCUAAGCAUGAUGUGAUGCACAUCGAAAUUGUAGCGACCCUCUUGAGGUAAACCCCGAGGAAGUUUGACACAUUGCCAAGCAGGCGCAAACGCAAGGGGCUGUUUGCACUUGGCGAGUGUUCCCCCAACCUUCUGAUCACAACUUGGUUUUCUCAAUUAAUUAUGACAUGUGUUUUUUUCUUCGGGAGUCAAACACUAACCUUUUGGACAUGGUAAUGAGACAAGUAAAGCGCGGGAGGUCGAUUUACUUUCACAAACCAAAGAUUUGGAUCUAGGGACUUGGUUACUCUAAUAG